AAGCUCCCCACUCAACCCCAAGAGCUCCUCCACACCCUGUUAAGCUUCGAUCUUCAAGAAGAGAGAGAGAGAGAGAGAGAGCUAGAGAGAGAAAGGAGAGGGGGAAAAAAAGAAAAAGAAAGACGAUGGAGGGGAAGGAGGAGGAUGUUCACGUAGGUGCGAACAAGUACUCGGAGAGGCAGCCCAUAGGCACCUCAGCCCAAACGGACAAGGACUACAAAGAGCCGCCCCCAGCCCCCCUGUUUGAGCCCGGGGAGCUCAAGUCGUGGUCCUUCUACAGAGCAGGGAUCGCUGAGUUCAUCGCCACCUUCCUCUUCCUUUACAUCUCCAUUCUGACCGUCAUGGGUGUCGUCAAGUCCCCUUCCAAGUGCUCCACCGUCGGGAUUCAGGGGAUCGCCUGGGCUUUUGGGGGCAUGAUCUUCGCUCUUGUCUACUGCACCGCUGGAAUCUCUGGUGGUCACAUAAACCCAGCAGUGACCUUCGGUCUCUUCUUAGCAAGAAAACUGUCCCUAACCAGGGCCAUAUUCUACAUGGUGAUGCAGUGCUUGGGUGCAAUUUGUGGUGCUGGUGUGGUUAAGGGAUACCAGACCGGUCUCUACGAGUCCCAGGGUGGUGGGGCCAACGUCGUGGCCCCUGGGUACACCAAGGGUGAUGGUUUGGGUGCCGAGAUUGUCGGCACCUUUGUUCUUGUGUACACCGUCUUCUCUGCUACUGAUGCCAAGAGGAGUGCCAGAGACUCCCAUGUCCCUAUUCUUGCUCCGUUGCCAAUUGGGUUUGCAGUUUUCCUAGUUCAUUUGGCCACUAUCCCCAUCACUGGCACUGGCAUUAACCCAGCAAGGAGUCUUGGUGCUGCCAUCAUCUACAACAAGGACCAUGCUUGGGAUGACCAUUGGAUUUUCUGGGUUGGUCCCUUCAUUGGAGCUGCACUCGCUGCCAUGUACCAUCAAAUCGUGAUCAGAGCAAUCCCAUUCAAGAGCAGGUCUUGAUUGAUGAUCUCAAUUGUUAAAUGUUCUCUGAGCGAUCAUAUCUUGUGUCUUGUUGUUGUGGUGCUUUUAUUUUCCUUAUUUUUCUUUAGUAUUUCUCUCUCUCUCUCUCUCUCUCUCUCUCUCUCUCUCUCUCUUCCAUCAUGUAAUCGAAUGUAUUGAGUGGUUCAUCAAUUGUGUACAUUAAACUAUGUUAUCUAGUAUGAGUGCAGCUUGAAGUGGAUGUUAUUGUUUC